AUGCCUGAAGCAUCUGCCCCUGAGAUCGCUAUUUCCAGAAAUUCUUCCUUUGAACACAUUGCUUCUGAACAGAUUACAUCUCAGGUCGUGGGUACUGAAGAGGCCUCCACAUCUCGCAGCAUUGCUGCUGGACCCACUGCUUUUGAAGAGUCUGCUGCCCUUGACGACGUUGCACCAGUUCUUCUUCGUCCACGUAAUUUUCAAUGGUUUUGGAAAUCGUCAGUUGACUCUUGGUCUUCUAAAAUCAAGGUGGAACACCAACCCGAAACUUGGGAAAAGUAUACUGCCGUAGAAAACGAAAUCAUCGAAGACGCCUUAAACGAAAAGCAGUCCGAAGUUGAACUUGACGAUAACUAUGUGGUCGACCUGAACCGUCUUGUGCAGUGUAAAAAGGGCGAGGAAAACAGACAACGUCCAAUCAAACGUCUUCAGCAUGAAGGUAAUCAACUCAACUUUCAACUGAGAGAGGAAAGGUUUGCACUACCUAUUACCUUGGCUACUGAUAGUAGAGAUAGUUCUCAGGCGAUUUCUACUUCUUCUACAAACGAAAAAGACGAUCGCCUUUGCGAGCUAUGGGAAGACGGUAAUCUGUCUGGUGCUUAUCUCAGGCUUCUCAUUGCAGACACUGGCAAAAGUGUUUUAGAAGUCGUAGAAGAGGCUGCUGCUGGAAUUGUUACAGAAGGUGGAAAACUUGGUAAAGAAAAAGAGACUAAAUGGCUUGCUAAACAAUUACAUCACAUGAAACAUCUUGGACGCAACCAGAGGGCAGAUAUACCUAAAAAAAACAUCGCUAAUCCACUCGGUAAUACCUUUGGCAAUAUUUUCCGGUAG